GCCUCAUUGAACCACAACAUUGGAAUUUGAAAUUUGACCUCUCGAGCCACAACAACUGCAUAAAUUUGUUUCAAAAUAAUUUUGCCCCAUACAUAGACAUCUGGUUGAGGUCUUCAUACGUUUUGAAGAAAAAAAGUGAGCUGUUCGAGGAAGGCAUCAACAACAGUACUGUACGUCACAUCGCCUCACGUAACUCCGAUACGUGCCUCCAUCAAUAUUUGGACAUUCUCAAAGGUUCCAAAAGGCACUCAACAAGCCAUGCAAGGCAAGCGCCCAAGAGUGGCCAAAAAAGCGAUUGCCAACACUAAUGAGGGUGCUGAGAGCAAGUCUACUGACGCAACUGUAAAUGGAAGUAACAAAGAAUCCACGCAGGAGAGUGCCAUAACGACGAACACAUUCUACGAGCCUACUGUGCUCCCAGAUUACGGAGGAGACCUGUUUCAGCAUGUCAACGCCAAACUCCGUCAGCUCGAUAUCAGGAAUGUGGAGAAUAUCUUGAUCCCACCUCAGGAGUGGUACAUUAACCUCAAGCACGGCACUCUCGUCAUGAUCAGGGCGACUCUGCAUGCUUUCAAUUGGAAGGAACGCCGGAUUUACCAACUAAACGCACACACUAUUCGCGUUAUGGAUCCCUCCAAGUUAGAGGUUGAGCCAUUUAGCUCUCAACCCAACGGAUUUGAUUAUGACGGAAGCGCUUCAUCCUCCAAAUCACGGGCUGCAGACGCCAUGGCUGGUGUCCAAUUGGGCAAAAGGACGAGGGAAGCUUGAACAGCAGAACACGGUUUCUCUGAGGUUUAGGCGAUCAGGUAACAUUGUAAGAUAAAUUAUGCGAUGAGGUUGUAUGUAUUAUUAGCGGCUGGCAAAUGCAGAGUUCGAGACUGAGUGGCAACGUUCAUUAAU